AUGUCGGAAACACCGCGACCAAAUAGUGCUAAGAAAAGACCGCCUGCUCUGAAAAAUUUCGCUUUGGGUCAUCGUGCCCCCGGAAUUAUUCUACCGGUCGAAAUCGCUCCUGGAACAAAGCUAACAAACGAGACAGACGUUAUCGUUGGUGAAAAGCAGGUGACCAUUAAAGCGAACGAAAUGCGUCUGGUUUCUGAACUAGGUGAAUGUUAG